UGCACGGGAGCGUCACUCUCAGUGCGCUCCCUUACUCAAAAUUCAGGCGAAUAGUUUACCCGUUCCGAGGGAAGCCUGAAACUACCUAAACCUUUUUUGUUUCGUAUCUAACCUUCAAGGACACAUUUUUAUUGCUUUUAAAGGUCGCUUUUCAGUUGGCAACUUACACCUGUGGUGUUUUAGUCACGUUACUUACAGUAGGACGUCCACUUCAUGCUCAUGGAAUGUAUAUGGAGUAUCGAUGUAUUAAAGCAAGAAAGGAACGCCGCUAAAUCACAACAGUUUUAGGACUAUACAAAACCUGGGAAUAUUUUGAAAGUAAAAUUAAAUGAGAAAUUAGAGUGACGAGACUCUGAACGUCUAUUUCGGGUAUGGUCCUAUGAUCGCACUUCGAAACUUUGGUCCAGACUAUGGAAAACCGACAGGUGCUUGCGCUGUGCACUGUAUUCCUGUGCGGUCUACACGUCGCCACCUGUCAGACAAGUCAGGAAGUUUGUCCAGGUACCCAGAAUGGCUUGAGUUUCACCGGUAACCCUGAGCGCCACUAUAACAACCUGCGGGAGAGUUACACAGGCUGCGAGAUCGUCAUGGGCAACCUGGAGAUCGUCCACAUGGAACAGGAUCGUAACUUUUCCUUCCUCGGGAGCAUCAGAGAGGUGACAGGCUACAUCCUCAUCGCCACCAAUCAGUUCCAGCGGCUGCCACUAGACAGGCUGCGUGUAAUCAGGGGGAACACGCUCUAUGAGAAGCAGUUUGCCCUGUCUGUCUUCCUCAACUUUGACGGAGGCCACGGGCUGGAGGAACUGGGCCUCAUCCACCUCACAGAGAUUCUUGAGGGAGGAGUGCAGAUUGUAAACAACAAGUAUCUGAAGUACGCCCCCCUGAUCAACUGGAAGGACAUUGUGAGGGACCCCAAGGCACCUCUGGACUUCAAAGACAAUGGAGAGAGAGGACAGUGCCAUGUAAUGUGUCAACCAAACAACAUGGACAAGACCUGUUGGGGGCCCAAUGAGGAGCAGUGUCAGAAGUUGACCAAGACGGUGUGCGCCCCGCAGUGCAACGGCCACUGUUUCGGGCCCAGUCCGCGGGAGUGCUGUGACGUGGAGUGCGCUGGCGGCUGCAGUGGAGCCCUCAACACUGACUGCUUUGCAUGCCAUCGCUUCAAUGACUCUGGGGCCUGUGUGCAACAGUGCCCCCAGAAAUUCAUCUACAACCAGAACACCUUCAAGUUAGAGCUGAACCCGAAUGUCAAGUACCAGUAUGGUUCAAUAUGUGUACCUCAGUGUCCAACACACUUUGUGGUGGAUGACAGCUCAUGUGUGAGCAGCUGUCCCCCUAACAAGAUGGAGGUGGUGACGCCCGACGGCCUGAAGGAGUGUGAAUCCUGCGGGGGUCUAUGCCCAAAAGUGUGCAAAGGCACUGGUGCCAGGAAUAAGCAGACAGUGGAUUCCAGCAACAUUGACAGUUUUAUUAAUUGCACAAAAAUUCAAGGCAGCCUGCACUUUCUCGGAAUCGGCAUCAAAGGAGAUGAUUAUGAGAAGAUUCCACCUCUGGAUCCAGAGAAGCUCAAAGUGUUCAGCACAGUCAGAGAGAUCACAGACACUUUGAAUAUCCAGUCCUGGCCUGACUCCCUCUCAGACCUGUCGGUCUUCUCCAGCCUCACCACCAUACAGGGCCGAUCCCUGCACAGGCCCUUUGCUCUGCUGGUGAUGAAGGUGGACACCCUCACCUCUCUGGGUCUGCAUUCGCUGCGAGAGAUCGGCGACGGCAGCGUCUACAUCAAGGAGAACGCCAACCUGUGCUACCACCACACCGUGAACUGGACUCGUCUCUUCUCCGGCGGGCGUCUGGCUAAACGGCUCAAGGCCAACGACAUCAAGAACAACAAGCCACUGGACAACUGCACUGCGGAGGGUCAUGUGUGUGACCAGCUGUGCUCAGAUGCAGGCUGUUGGGGACCGGGCCCAAACCAGUGUCUCUCCUGUAGGAACCACAGUCGAGACGCAACCUGCGUGGCCCACUGCAACUUCUAUUCAGGGGAGCCACGUGAGUUUGCAGGGCAGAAAGGCGAGUGUAUCUCCUGCCAUUCUGAAUGUCAGUCACAGGAUGGUGGUGAAAGUUGCACAGGACCGGGGGAUCAGGAGUGUGUAGCGUGUGCACAUCUGCAGGACGGCCCUCACUGUGUGUCUGCCUGCCCAAAUGAUGUGAUGGGGGAUAAUGGUGUCAUCAUCUUUAAAUACCCAAACAAACUGGGCCACUGUGAACCCUGCCAUGUCAACUGCACACAAGGGUGCACUGGGCCUACUCUGUGGGAUUGUGUGAAUUCCAGCAGGGCAGCCAACAGCUCCGUCAUAGCUGGGAUAGUGGCCGGAGUGCUGAUUGGUCUCCUCUUCCUCCUGGCUCUGGUUGGGCUGGGCAUGCUCUACCGCCGCAGUCUUUCUAUUCGCCGCAAACGCACCAUGCGGAGGUACCUGGAGAGCAGUGAGGGAUAUGAACCUUUUGACCCAGGAGAGAAGGGCACCAAAGUUCACACACGGAUCCUCAAAGCUACGGAACUGCGCAAGGGCAAGACACUGGGCUCUGGCGUCUUCGGCACUGUCCACAAGGCUGUAUGGAUUCCAGAGGGAGACUCAGUGAAAAUCCCUGUGGCAAUAAAGACCAUCUCCGACCCCACUGGCCGUCAGACCUUCACUGAGAUCACCGAUCACAUGUUGUCCAUGGGCAGUCUUGACCACCCGUACAUCGUGAGGCUGCUGGGUAUCUGUCCGGGCCCUUCCCUGCAGCUGGUGACGCAGCUCAGCCUCCAGGGCUCCCUGCUGGAGUACCUCAGGCAGCACAAGGACAAUCUGGAGCCACAGCGCCUGCUCAACUGGUGUGUGCAGAUCGCCAAGGGAAUGUUCUAUCUGGAAGAGCACCGCCUGGUUCACAGGAACCUCGCUGCUCGUAAUGUACUGGUGAAGAGUGAUUACAUCGUGCAGGUCUCAGACUUUGGGGUGGCAGACCUUCUUUAUCCCGAUGACAAGAAAUAUGUCUACAGCGAAGUCAAGACACCAAUCAAAUGGAUGGCAUUGGAGAGCAUUCUAUUCCGCCAGUUUACACACCAAAGUGAUGUCUGGAGUUACGGAGUAACAGUGUGGGAGAUGAUGUCCCAUGGGGCUGAGCCCUAUACAGCUAUGCAUCCCCAGGAGGUUCCAGGCUUACUGGAGAAAGGAGAGCGUUUGUCCCAGCCUCAGAUCUGCACUAUAGAUGUCUACAUGGUCAUGGUCAAAUGCUGGAUGGUUGAUGAGAACAUCCGACCUACCUUCAAAGAAUUGGCAAAUGAGUUCACAAAAAUGGCCCGAGACCCGAGCAGAUACCUUGUCCAGAAGAACUCUGUUGAGGCAGGACAAGACGGUUCCCUGCGAGAAAUCAAAUGGUCUAAUUUGGAAGCUGACCUUGACGAUGAUGGAGUAUCAGAUGAUGGCUUUGCUACACCUCCUCUACAUCUAUCACCAUCUCGAAGCCACUCCCGACUACGGAUCAACUCUCAAAGAACUGGUGCGGCCCUUUCUGCUCCGGUGGGAUACAUACCUAUGACCCCCACCCCCAGGGAGGCUAGACAGCUGCGGAGUCAAAGAUCGAGGGUCAGCUCUCGGCGGACAGUGUCCGAGUGCUCAGAGGGCCGAGGCACCAUGGUGGAUGUGGAUAUGGCCUCCCAUAUGGGUAGCCUGAAGAGGACUCGCAACCGUGGGGACAGUGCGUACAUGUCUACGUCCUUGUCCAUAGCCUCAGAAAUCCCUUCUCAGGGGAUAAUGGUGGAGGAGGAGGAGGACCCCAGUCUUUAUGUAAUACCUAGAGCCAGCCACCAACCAGAGACAGAUCCUCUGCUGUCACAUUCCAGCCCCAGGAACACCACUCUGAGUGACAGACAGGGCAGAAACUCCAGGUCUCCACCAGGACCAGGAGCCGAUGCCUCCCCGGAGUAUGAGCUGAUGACAAAGCAAGCUCCACCUCCUGCCCAGGCUCCCAGAAGAUUUGCUGAUCAACUCGAUGACAGCUCCACAGAUGUGUGGAAAAGAGUGUCUGCCAUUUCAUCCACAGUGUGUAUCUCUGACCUCCCACUGACAGGAGAAGAGCCUGAGCCCGCCCAACCUCAAGAGCAGCCAAGUCCGAACGCGGCUCCCUCUCCGGCAGCAGCCCCAGAUUCAGACCCAGCGUAUUCACAGGACUCCAAGAGCGGACCUGAAAAUGAUGGAGAGGCCCUAUUGGACACAUCACAGCAACUGUAUCACGCUGUGGAGUAUGAGUACAUGGAUAUCCGCAGCUCACUCAAAGUCACAGGAGACAACGGGAGUCCCAGUUCAGAGGAGGGCCCAGGAGCAGCUGCCUCUGUGGAGAGAGAUGAAGGACUCGGGGGAGACAGCAAUGAUGAGGACCAGGAAGGGAAAAGCCAUGAAGGGGAACAGGAGGAAAUGUGGGUAGCACAAUCAGGGCCUCUCGCAAGCAGGGUAGGCUUCAGGGAUGGAAUGGCAGGGAUGGAGCAGGUGGAGGAAUAUGAGGAGAUGGGUGCAACCAAAGGAGACUCCAGCACUGUGGAUGAGGUGGAGUACCAGAACAUGCCUUGUGGGAAGGCUCUAAUGAGGCCAGGGGGAGUGACUGCAGGAGUGGGGAAGUAUGUUAAAGUGCGCACUGGCGUAGGGGAGCCAGGCAGCGCAUCUUUUGACAACCCAGACUACUGGCACAGUAGACUUUUUCACAAGCAAGAUGCUCUGCGCACAUGAGAAAAACUCUGGACAGUAAAUGUGGAAGCACAGCAUGGCCAUUCAAGUUGUGACCUACAGACCUGGUGUUUCAGUAGGAUGUCAAAUACAUUUAAUUUGACUGCACAAUUGUAAUAGGGUUGGACUUGGAAACAAAUGUGAUAUGGACAUCGUUAAUAUUUGUCAUGAUCAGUAAUGGUGGUAAAUAUGUAAACUUUGAAUAAUGGACAGUGUAUUGUAUUCUUGUGUGUAUAUCAGUGCAAAUGAUUUGUUGAUUUGUCUUUUGUAAAAGGUUGUUUCAUAAGCUGAAAAAUAAAAACCCUUGGUAUUGA